AUGAGUAUGAGCUCUGCCGCCAGCGGGGUUUCGACCCCAGCUCCGCAGCAGCAACAGCUGCCCCCGCCGAAGCAGAUACGCUUCGUGAACAACGAGGGCCAGCCGCCUGCGAAGAGGAGGAGGAUAAAUGCUGCCUGUCGGACGUGUCGAAAACGUAAGACGAGAUGUGAUGGAAAGAAACCGCUGUGCUCGACCUGUACAGAGAAUGGCCAUGAGUGUUUGGGAUAUGCCGACGUGAGUGAGGGAACUACAAAGAAGGAGCGAAAAGAUAGCGAUACUGGGCCCAAGAAGGAGCAUAAUGAGGACGACGAUUGGGAGGACCAGGACGAUAAGAAUAUGGACGGAGCAAGGCGUGUGAGCGAUUACGGGAAACGCCCUCUCCAACGCCAGUAUUCGAAUGGAAGCCCUACAUUGAACAGGACAGAAUCCAAGGACCAGAGCUAUUUCGACUCGAAACCGCCAAAAGCAAGGGAAGUUUCGGAGCGUGAGAAGAAUCAACUGCCGAACUUCGGUGAAUAUAGAGAAAGUGCAGCCUACUCUGAGGAUGCACGUAGUCCACUGGACCGAUCUCCUCCACUCCAGACCGAAAGCCACCGAGUGCCGUACUUCAGAUAUUUUGGUCCGACUGCAAUCGUCCCUGGGUUCAAGCAGAUGGUUGUGUCUGUUCGAGAGCAUCGCCGAAGCACUGGUGCUGGAUCUUCUGUCGCCAUGUCUCCCGGUUCUGUCGGUUACGGAGAGCGCACACCUUCCCAAGCUGGAACCGAACCAAGGUCUUCCAUUGAAAUGCCAAUCUACGACCCAACAGACCCAUUACCAGUAAAUAAGCUGAUCAUUCACCUUGUUGAGACUUUCUUCGCCCGUCUUGGAUGCAACUAUCCUUUCCUCCGUCAAAAGCCGUUCCUCCAACGGGUCGAGGAAAAGUCAGUCGAAGCCAUACUUGUGGAUGCUGUCUGUGGCCUGGCAGCACGGUUCUCAGACCACCCACUUCUAACUGCGAGCCACGACAGCUCUUAUCCAAAAUCGGAAUAUGGACACGUCUUUGCUCAAAGAGCCAAGGCUGCGGUUGUUGAAACUUUCCCGUGUCCUACGGUUUCAGCUGUGCAAGCCUGCCUACUGUUGGCCUAUGAGGGAUUUGGUGCCAAUCAAGACAGUGCUUUGUGGAUGUAUCUUGGCUGUGCCAUCCGCAUGGCCGUUGACCUCGGCUUGCAGAAACUUGAUGGCGUCAAGCACCAGGGACAAAAGGACCCCGGGUAUCAUCGAUCGAGUAAUGACAUGACGCAGUCAGAUACCCCCGCCGCUAUCAGUGCCGAAGAAAUGAAAGAAGUCGAGCAGGAGCGCACUGACACACUCUGGGCGGUCUUUAUGCUGGAUCGAGUCAUCUCAUCUGGGACUGGCAGACCUGCCACCUUGCGAGAUGAGGAUUUUGAACUCAGUUUCCCUGCAAUCACAGCGAAUACAGAAAGCGGCUGGCCCAAUCCAUUUCCCGCGCUUAUACAGAUCAUUCAUCUCUAUGGACGAGUAUCAGACCUGUUGAACAAUAUCCGAGACGUUAAGGAUGUGACGCCGAAGAAGAUUGAAGGUUUGUCUGGGCUAGAGAAAGACUUGACGCAGUUGUAUCAACGGCUCGACCCACGAUUGACUUUCAACGCCGCAAACUUCCAACACUAUGUCAAGGCUGGGGAGGGUACAAAUUUUAUUCUUGUCCACUUCUGGUUUCACACGCUCAUCAUGUUACUCCAUCAACCGACAUUAAUGCAUUCCUUUGAAGGACAAAUAUUACAACUACUACCCAACAGCCGCGAGCUUAGCAUGUCUUCUGCUAAGACCAUCGCUGAUAUACUGGCUUUUGCGGAACUGAUUGAUCCCAGAAGCUUUAUUGGUAACCCGUUCACGAGUCAGCCAAUGUAUAUUGCAGCGUGUGCGUUCUUGAUGGAGUCGGCUGCGCAUACUUCUUCCCAGCCGACAUCAAGAGAUGCCAGCCCUCCGCGAGAACCGUCAAAAGGCGAUCAAUCGAAGGAUACCAAAGCUGCCGCAAAGACCAAUGAGCAGAAGCAGAAGCACUCCUUGCUCGCGUCAGCAGCGAAUCAGAACUACCAGCGCUGUUAUAAAGCCCUCCAACAACUAGAAACGUAUUGGGCAGGCACGAGAUAUAUUCUGGUGGCCCUUGACCAGAAAGCAAAGGGAAUCUGGGACCCUGAGACUUAUACGGAGCAGGAAUAUGAACUGACAAAAAUUCGCCAUGACAUGAUUCCUGGUUGGAGAAAGAAAUUAUCACUUAGCGCAUCUCCAACAAGUCGAUUUACUGACAAGCGAUCCCCUCGGAUGGAGAAUCUACCUGGAUCGCCUUUGAUCGACCCUUCUCAGGCGAUUGGAUGGUCCUUGACUGGGACUACGAAUUCUGCAAGCUCGAAUUUGACCUUCAUGUACCAGAGCACGAACGGCGAACAAACUCACGCUCAGACCCAACCACAACCACAACCCCCGCCACCUCCUCAACCUGCUGCUGGGAACAUGAUAUACGACCCAAUAAGGCAGAGUCUGCCAGAGGCAACUACAGCUUCUACAUCAACUUCGACCUACCCCUCGAGAUACACAUCGUUUGUACAACCACGGCGCCAGAACUCUCAACCAAUGGCACCACCAGCUCCAAAAUACACGCCCAUAUCCUCCGAUCCAGCUUCCACCUCCGACGCCGAAAUGCUCCUCGGUCUCCAAAACUCACCCUACUCCCAUCACACACCAGGAUCAGCCGGAUCAUUUGACCACAAUCCAAACCAAAGCAUGACUUCACCAGGUGGCACCCGCGCAGAUGGGGGCUCAUUCGACUUCACACAGACCAACUCGAGCAUGUUUCCCCCUGGUAGCUACUUGGGGAUCGGUGGCGUGGGUGACAUGAUUAUGGAUAGCCAGGAAAUCGAUAUGUCGACUCUAGGCGGCGAUAUGAUGCCUUGGUAUCUCCCGCAAGAUGUUCUCAAUUACUUUGAUAAUGGGGGAAAUGGAGUCACGGCAAUGGCUGGUGGCGGGAGCUUGAAUGCUGAUGUGGAUAUGGGGAAUAUGGGGUCAAAUAAUGGUUGA